GACGUUGCAGCCAAUGCCAAUAGAGAAGCCCCUUUCUCAUUUUUUUUCCUUCUUGUAAGCGAGACGUGAAGUGCUCUGCUCUGGGAUUGUUGGUCCGUCAGCUUUUGGAACAGACAGCAGAAUGGGAGUGCAAUUAGAGACAAUCUCACCGGGAGAUGGACGGACCUUCCCAAAGAAAGGGCAGACCGUGCAUGUACAUUAUGUGGGGCUCCUGGAGGAUGGCAAGAAGUUUGACUCAUCCCGUGACAGAGACAAGCCUUUCAAGUUUAAGAUUGGCUGUCAUGAGGUGAUCCGUGGCUGGGAGGAAGGAGUUGCACAGAUGAGUGUGGGUCAGAGAGCUCGUCUCACUUGUUCCCCUGAUUAUGCCUAUGGCAAAACUGGACACCCGGGGAUCAUACCCCCCAAUGCCACCUUGAUUUUUGAAGUUGAGUUGCUGAAGAUGGAAUGAGAAAUGGAGUGUCUACGGGUGACGGGUGCCUGCCAAGAAGGUCACAGAGUCAAAAACCCAGAAUGGAUGCUACCUCCUCCGUCCCCCCUGUCACUCACUCCGCCUUUUGCUUGUCACUUAUUUGCCACCCCCAGCAGGACCUGGGCACCUUGUAUGAUAUUUGGUGGAAGAGGGUUCUGUCUGCAUCCAAAAGGCAAUGUCAUAGGAGAUAUUGUUACUGUGGCACAGCCCCAAGAUCAGAGUGUUGGGGCAGCAUUUAACCCCUAAUGCGCUGUCUGACCAUACACUGCAGAGUUGUUCUGUUUUGUGUCUGAUCCCUUCACCACCCUUCAGCCCCAAUUGCACUCUGUAAAUAAAUAGCUUUUCUGUA